AUGGUCCAAAUCAAGUCGGUCGAGUAUUUCCGGGUCAAACCUCGUUGGUUGUUCGUCAAGAUCACUGACGAGGAGGGCCACUUUGGCUGGGGUGAAGGCACUCUUGAGGGUCAUUCUCUGGCUGUUGAAGGCGCAUUAGAUGAAAUUAUCCCGCGCAUCGUGGGAUUAGAAGCCGAUGAGAUCGAACAUAUCUGGCAGUUAAUAUGGCGCUUGGGAUUCUACCGUGGCGGUCCUGUCUUCAUGUCAGCCAUGUCGGGUAUCGACAUUGCCUUGCGCAACAAGGCGCAAGUGUAUGCCUGGAUUGGUGGCGACCGCCCGACCGAUGUUGAGGCUGCUGCCAAGGCACGCAUCGCGCAGGGUUUGAAGUGUGUCAAGAUGAAUGCGACCGAAGAUAUGAACUGGCUCGACUCGCCGUCCGCGAUUCAUUCCUGCGUUGAUCGCCUCAAACGGGUCAAAGACCUCGGUCUCGAUGCUGGGCUGGAUUUCCAUGGUCGUUUGCAUCGUCCGAUGGCGAAGCAACUGGCCAAAGCUUUGGAGCCGCAUCAGCCCUUGUUUAUUGAGGAGCCGCUGCUCUGCGAACACCCGGAGGCGAUUAAACAGCUAUCCAAUUACACAACCAUCCCAAUUGCGUUUGGCGAACGUCUUUAUACCAGAUGGGAUGUCAAACGUUUCCUGGAAGACUCGUCAGUGGAUGUUCUGCAGCCAGAUAUCGCCCAUGCGGGCGGCAUCUCAGAGACCAGGCGUAUUGCGAACUUGGCCGAGACCUAUGAUGUGGCCAUCGCACCACACUGUCCUUUGGGUCCAAUCGCCCUCGCCGCUUCUCUGCAGAUAGCCGUAUCCACGCCCAACUUCGUCAUCCAGGAGAUGUCUCUGGGUAUGCAUUACAACGUGGAGGCGGGCGACAUUGACCUGAAUAGCUACUUGGUGGACAAGACUGUCUUUGACAUUACCGAGGGAUUCGUGGCGGCCCCCUCUAAGCCCGGCCUAGGAAUUGACAUUGACGAGGAGCUGGUGCGGCGCAUCAGCAAAGAGACAGAGCCCUGGCAGCCGAAGGAAUUCUACGGGCCGGAUGGAUCAAUUCGUGAAUGGUAG